CGUUAAUAACAUAAUAAAGAGAAUUCAUUGCUGUUCACUGGUUGAAAAAUCAACCCAGCAGAUCUUCAAGAUUCUGGAUGAAAUCUCUCAGAUCUUGCUCUCAUUAUAGCCACAAGAUGGGUUUAGAUAUAAACCCACAAACCCCAUCUCCAAACCAUCUCCAUUCACCUCUCUCAUUCUCUCUUUUCUUCAUCUUCAUACUCCUCCUUUGCCAUGGGUAUUGCUGCAGAGACACAGUUUCAUGUUCUGGCUGUUGAUGACAGCCUCAUAGAUAGAAAACUGAUUGAAAAGCUCCUCAAAACCUCUUCUUUUCAAGUUACUGCUGUGGAUUCUGGGAGUAAGGCUCUGGAAUUUCUGGGUUUGCAAGAGGAAGAGCAGAGAAAUCAUCAUCCCCAAGAAACGGAAGUAAAUCUAAUUAUUACUGAUUAUUCCAUGCCUGGAAUGACUGGCUAUGAUCUCCUCAGAAAGAUCAAGGAGUCUUCAUCUCUGAAAGACAUACCAGUUGUGAUCAUGUCCUCUGAGAACAUCCCUUCAAGGAUUAACAGAUGUUUGGAAGAAGGAGCAGAAGAUUUCUUUCUGAAACCUGUUCAGUUAUCAGAUGUGAACAAGCUUAGGCCACAUCUACUCGGAUCCAGAACCCUUUUGGAGAUUUGAAUUUUGAAUCAAAUUUGGAUUUUCAAUCUUCAAAAAAAAAAAGGGGUUGAAGUUUGAUCUCCUUUAAAUCUGGGAUCAAGUACAGAUAUUUUGGUGAUCUGAAUCUCCAAGGUUGGCAGAUUCGAAGAAGCUUUGAAGUCACAAAGAUUGGAAAAUCUUGCGGAUUCUUGUAGAAGAUCAGAGGAGAAUUUGAUCUCCAUAAAGCAGUUUGAAGACUUGAACAAGGUGGAGAAAUUUUGAAGAACUUGGAAGAGAUAUCGAGGAUCUUGGGGAUGAAAAAGAUUUGAAUCCUCCAAAGAUCUUGAAGAAAUUUGAAAAAGAAGAAGAUUUUUAACUUCCGCAUUUUCCCUUACAUACUUAGACAUGAAAUAGAUUGAAUUUAAUUUAUGUAUGUAUUUUUUUUUGGGCCCUAUGAAGCUAUUUUGAUAAAAAUUAAAGUAAUCAAUCAAUUAAAUUAUGAUAUAAAA